GUUUAACGACCGCAUGAUCCUACAAUACAUAUACUCGAUAGGACACGAAUCACGGCCAGUUGGAAUAUAACCGGCGCUUUCGCUUCUCACAAAUCGUUCCAUAACAGCCCUUUCAGUAGGCUCUAUUGUCGUCAUGGACUCACAAAACGAAUCGGCGCAGUCUGAAGGCCGUCCAGCACCAGUUUACGACACCAGCCAGGGUGGUCAUUAUGGUGCUUGUGCCGCAUUAGCCACACAAGGCUUCGCGCCAGCUGAGUUGUACACCGGCCCAUGGGCAAAUGUUCACCAAGGCCUGACUGGUCAAUACAAGGAUAUCCUUACGACAUACUGGCAACAGACCAUCACUCACCUUGAAAGUGAUACCCAUGACUACAAGCUUCACCAACUGCCUCUGGCCCGCAUCAAAAAAGUUAUGAAGGCCGAUCCGGAAGUGAAGAUGAUAUCAGCUGAAGCACCUAUUCUAUUUGCCAAGGGGUGUGAUAUUUUCAUUACUGAGUUAACCAUGCGCGCAUGGAUCCACGCGGAGGAAAACAAGCGUCGUACACUGCAACGCUCAGACAUUGCGUCUGCGCUGGCAAAGUCUGACAUGUUUGACUUUCUGAUCGAUAUCGUGCCUAGAGAAGAAGCUGCCGCACAUGCAAAGCGAACUGCCUCGCAGUCCGGGCCUGCCUCCGCAUUGCCCCCUGCUGCUGGACAGUCAAGGAUACCUGGUCAGCAUGGCGGAAUGGCACAGUCUGGCAACCACUCAAUCUCAGGAACAGAGUACAUGGCUGGACACAGCAUUCCCCAUGAUCAGGAUUACCGUCAAAAUCCAAACAACAUGUACCCUGCCCAAGUUGGUGGCGCCUCCGGUGCUGGCUAUGCGCAAAACCAACCUUCGGGCGCAAUAUAUGGAGAAAUGGGUGACAUGUACUCAUAUUCUGCGAUGCAACAGCAGCAACCAUCGAUGCCAGCUGAGGAGUUCGAGUAAAGUGCGUCCCAUACAGGAGGCAGUUGGCGCAUAGGUACAAAGGUGUGUUUUGAGGCAGUUACGGUUUGAUUUAUUUGAUAAUUAGUACACUGGGUCGCCGGUCGUAUCUGUGGUGUAUUCUGAUUUCUUCCAAAACCUCCCAUAUUCAAAUGUGAUAUUAUAGCACAUUACUUCAUCAUGCCAAAGCGUGAGGAGAGGCUAGAUAAUGGUGCGCUACGAAUUGGGACUUGGCUAGCGUUAGUAGUUAAUCUAAGACAAUGUCAGCCAAAGGUUUAUUCUUCUAUAAGGUUUAAUAUACUCACUUUUCAAGAAGCACAGGUCCAUUCAGGGCGUCAACGCGGCCAUAUUUCUUGUUGCGGAUGGAGAUGUCGAAAAACUCAUCAUGAUUGUCGGAUUGUAGCAGAUUGACGGUUUGUUGAAGCUCAUCAAGGUUUUCUCGGAGCAUUUGUCCAUUCUCCAGGCUGUUUACAAACUCGGUCAGAUAUUUGACAUCUUGUGCUAGAUUAGCGACAGCUGGUCCACUGAUAUGCUUGACGUCGGUGGAGAGUGGGAGAGCCUACGCAGGAUUAGCAAAUAAGCAACUAAUAUCAUUCGUAGGAGCAUACCAAAAUUUUAUUUGAUGUAUGGCUGAGAGCAUCGAAGUAAAUUAGCUCUUUAAUUUCGCGAGGAAGGCCCAGAAGGGUUGAGUUCAUGAUGUUAGAUAAGUAUCUCGUCAAAGUCUGCAUAUAACUGCUUGGCUCAGGUGAAGGUGAUGAUAUAAGCCUAGAUAUAUUGUUAGCAGAUUAGUUCAAUGGCGCGCACCACCUCUCGAAUUUCUUGCCAUUCAUAUUCUGCCGUAUCAAUAAGAUCAUCAAUCUUUGAAUUGACCAGUUCAAAUAUUCGUUUCUCUGCGGUCUUUUUAUGGUUGCGGAAUUCUUCAGUUGCUUUGAGUUUCAGAGGUCCACCAGCAGAUGUGGAUGACCUUGCACGAAUCAAAAGCUGUUCAAGCUCCUGGCAAGCUAUUUCAAAGUGUUCCAAAUUGAUGAGAAUUUGUACGAUUUGUCCAAGGUAUUGUGAGCUUAAUUUCUCAACAAUCGAUCGGCAUACUUUUUCGGUUAGAAGUUCGUCAAGUGACUAAGGUAGAUAUUAGCAUCAAGGAUACCAGGUUUACAGUAUCUGGGAAAGAGUGUACUUGUCUGAGGGUUUCGUCAAUGAUUUCAGAAUGCUGGAACUGGUCGUCGGAGAAGAAGUAAAACUGGUUCAGGAAAUUCCGUAUAUCAAUACAGCAGAGCGGGUACAUCUGCGAAAAUGGGAGGACGCAGGGAUAGCUUGAACUAGUUAGUCAGCUGAGGCAAAUAACUAAUAGGCAG